ACCCUAUGAAAUGUUGUCUGGGAGGAAGUGUCGAUCACCACUACACUGGGAUGAGGUUGGCGAAAAGCGAUACUUAGGCCCAGACCUAGUAAGAGAGGCCACUGAAGCGGUAGAAAAGAUUUGAAAUAGAAUGGUAACUGCACAAAGCCGCCAGAAAAGUUAUGCCGACGCAAAGAGACGGAAUGUGGAAUUUGCAGUGGGUGAUAAAGUGUUCCUUCGAGUGUCACCUAUGAAAGGGGUUAUGCGUUUUGGAAAGCGAGGAAAGCUAAGUCCAAGAUUUAUAGGUCCUUUUGAGAUAUUGGACAGAGUGGGACAUGUAGCUUAUCGACUGGCAUUGCCACCAGUAUUAGCUGAGACGCAUAAUGUGUUCCAUAUUUCUAUGCUACGAAAAUACGUGUCGGAUCCAUCACACGUGCUGAACUAUGAAAGAAUGGAGCUAAAGCAGGACUUGAGUUAUGAAGUGCGACCAGUUCGCAUUAUAGAGAGAGGAAUGAAGGAGUUAAGGUCCAAAAGUAUUCCUCUAGUAAAAGUUCUGUGGAGCAACCGUUCAGAAAGGGAGGCAACGUGGGAAAUGGAGGGAGACAUGAAAGAACAGUACCCCGAACUUUUUGAUAAGUAAGCCUGUAAGCUUUCGGUGACAAGUUGAGUCUGGGCAGCAUGGGGUGUAUCUCGUGUGAUCAUGUAACUGCGUGUGGUCUUGGCCAUCUUCCGCUGAAAGUUUUUUUUAAUUUAUUAAACUUAUCGAGGAUGUUGUCGUUUAAAUUUUCUAUUACUUUUCCCUAAGUGGUAAUACUU